UCGGCAGUAUUUCCUCAUUUUUCGGUGCUUGUGUGUGUGAGCGAGCUCGAGUAUCUGUUUGAUAUACGAUGAUGUUAAUAAACUCCAGUUCCUGGGCGGGCCCCCACACACAGCUGGCUGUAACAGCUGGAUCCGCCCACACUGAACCACAGCCAAGAAACCCCAAACCCAAGAAACUCCGCUAGAAUGAACCUAACUUCAAUAAAUGUUCAUAUUUCUCCGUUUCAUAUGCACGGACAGGAGCUGUGAUCCGCGGAUCUUGAGGGUUUUAUAUUUGGUUAUUGCUACCAAGAGGAUGGGGUGCUGGGCUAUCUCAAGUGUGACAUCUCUGCUGUUCCUUUCUUUCAAUAUCCACGCUCUGACCCUUGCAGAUUUCAUUCCUGUGAGCAAUUUGUGUCAGUGGUGCGACUAUUCCAGCCCGGUGUGUGAAGACAAUGUGUGCUACAGUAACUGUUCCUUCAACUCCUUCUGUGAAUACCAGAAAGAAAUCUGCGUGGCAAUAUGGAAGCAGGACAACAAGAGUAUUAGCGUCAGGACCAUGUGCCAUGACCCUCAGCUCCCAGUGGAGAACGCGAUGGUUCCCAAUUACACCACCAGAGAGUGCCUCAUGGUGCAGCAGCCAUCAGAGGAGGGAGCACUUUAUAUAUGCGGGUGUAUGGGUGAACAGGAGUGCAAUGACAAGCUGAUAUUCGAAAAGGACGACAACGGCUAUGCAAAGCUGCAAAGCAAAGAGGUCAUUCCUGUGGCAGUGAUCAGCUUGCUUCCGCCUAUUCUGGUGGCCAUAAUGGCAACCAUGGUCUUUUACUUGUACCGCACCCGACAGCAGAGGAAAGAGGCCUGGCCUGCAAAACACGCCCAACGCCAAACCCUGGACCUUCCAGAGAACAGGAACCCUGCGGAAUACGAUGGGAAGUUGUCUGCCAUGAUUGACGACAGCCACUCUGACAUCUCGUCCACCUGCGCCAACAACAUCAAUCACAACACUGAGCUGCUGCCCAUUGAGCUGGACCGCGUCGUGGGGAAAGGCCGGUUUGCAGACGUCUGGCGGGCCAGGCUGAACCACAACGCCUCGGGCCAUUACGAGACUGUAGCUGUGAAGAUCUUCUCUGCAGAGGAGUACCUCUCCUGGAAGAGCGAGCGCAAGAUCUUCUCAGAUGCCAACCUUAAGCACGAGAGCGUGUUGCAGUUCCUGACGGCCGAGGAGAGAGGCACAGGCCCGCAGAAGCAAUACUGGCUCAUCACGGCUUUCCACAGCCUGGGUAACCUGCAGGAGUACCUGACUGACCACGUGCUGAGCUGGAUGGAGCUCCACUUAAUGGCGGGUUCUCUCGUGAGUGGAGUGGCCCAUCUCCACAGUGACUACACUGCGUGCGGCACUCCCAAAAUCCCCAUUUCCCACCGGGAUAUCAAGAGCUCCAACAUUCUGGUGAAGAGCAAGACAGAGUGUGUCCUGUGUGACUUUGGGCUGGCUUUGAGACUGGACCCUUCUCUCACUGUAGAGGACUUUGCCAACAGCGGACAGGUUGGCACUGCCCGCUACAUGGCCCCCGAGGUUCUGGAGUCUCGUGUGAACCUGGAGGAGCUGGAGUCUUUCAAGCAGAUGGAUGUGUAUUCCAUGGCCCUGGUCCUGUGGGAAAUGGCCUCUCGUUGUGAUGUAAUUGGAGAGGUGAAGAGCUAUGAGCCCCCGUUUGGUUCUCAGGUGUGUGAGCAUCCCUGCGUGGAGAGUAUGAGGGACCUGGUCCUGAGAGAGCGGGGCCGGCCUGACAUCCCCAGCAGCUGGCUGCUACACCAGGGGAUGCAGUCCCUGUGCAACACUAUUGGGGAGUGCUGGGACCACGACCCAGAGGCCCGCCUCACUGCGCACUGCGUGGCCGAGCGCUUCAGCGUGAUGGGGCAGAUGGAGAGCAAGGACAAUCUCAACAACAACAAUCACAAUGCCAGCACCACAGGCACGGAGCCCUGGAAACCUGACAGCAAUACCCAGGAAACGGCACCCUUCCAGGGGGUUCCAUCUGUGGUAAUGGUGACUGAGGUGUGAAGGAGCACCACCACACAAAAGGGACAACAGCACACCACUCGGUACAGCAACAUCUUCUCUUCACUUGUCUGAAGGAAUUUAGACAGACUACUGCUUUAUUGAAGGCUUUUAUUCAAUGGGAUGGACUCUCUUAGUUAAAACCCUAGACCGAUAUUGUGCAACAGUGUGUUGUCAGAUGCACAGACGCCUACAGUCUUCUUCACACAUUUUCACGGGUCGGUGCUGGCAUGUUAAACUCUGGCAGUAAGGGAUUACAUGUAAAACUCUUAAGCAAAUAGUUAACUGUAUCCUGAUCAGAAUAACCCCCUUACAUCAUCAGCACUUCAUCUGCAAAAUCAAAGCUCUUGGUAUAACAAGCAACAGUGCCUUUGGAGUCAACAUCGAAGAAACAUCUUAACGACUUUCAGGGCAGUGGUGCAGUGGUGUUAAGAUUCAGGCACAGUUGAGAUCUUUAACAUGUGUGCAAGACAAGGUUUGUUAUGUAAAAUGCUUCCAACCUCAUCUCAGACCUUAUUAAAACUAGACAAACCUAGCCUAAAAGUGACAUUUAUUUUAAGCACUAAAUUACUUUAAAAUUGUAAACUGCCAAUAAAAACAGUGUGCAGUGCAUUUGUCAAACUAUAGGCCUACAUCAAAGCAACCAUAUAUCUUGCCUCAAAAGAAAUUCAUCUUUAUUUUUCAGUGUCAGUGGAAAAAAAAAAAACAAACAAAAAAAAAUCAUAGCCCUGUCACUCUCUGGCAAACAAACAAUCCAAAACAACAGGGAACUCUACAAGGGGAAAAACGAUAUUUCAUUUCAUAUUGAAUGAUAACAGCUUUCAAAACAGGAAGAUAAUCCAGACUUUUUUUUUUUUACCUAGCGCAGUUAUUGCCGUGUAUCAUGUAUCACAAAACUGAAAAGGCCACUGAAUUGGUUUACUAAAAUAUAUCAUAUGAUUACAGCGAAAAAUUACUGACCUCUACCUCAUUAUGAGAUGAAUCACAAGCAGCAACCUAUGGAAAGUUGAGUGGAACAUGCAAAGCAUAAUCUUUGUAAACUAUUGCAUGCAACUUGAUUGCAGACAGGAAAGCGCCACAGGUUUGUGCAGUAUAUCUGGAAGACCUCUGUCUGUCUUAGAUGUAUAAUGACACCCAAAAAACAAAAAGUGCGCACUGUGUUUUUGUUCUAGUGUUGCAAAUUGAACAUGAUCAUUUUAAGCAACAUUUAAUAUAAUGUGUACGUGUAAUGUGCUUGCAGGUCUUGAGGAGCUGCAGUGUACUGGAAAUAUACUCUUCCCCAUGUGGCUGAUCAUAAGGAUCUUCAGAGUACCUUCAUUAAAGAGUAAGUGGCGGGUUUUCCGAAAAAUAUAGCAUUACACGUCCCCACGUGGUGCUACAACUGUUUAAAUAAUGCACCUGUAGUGAUUUA